AUGACUUUUCACUCUGCAGAACACACCAGUGACCAAGAACACACCAGUGACCAAGAACACACCAGUGAUCUAGAACACGCCAGUGAUCUAGAACACACCAGUGACCAAGAACACACCAGUGACCAAAAACACGCCAGUGAUCUAGAACAAACCAGUGAUCAAGAACACACCAGUGAUCUAGAACACGCCAGUGACCAAAAACACACCAGUGAUCUAGAACACACCAGUGACCAAGAACAUGCCUGUGAUCUAGAACACACCAGUGAUCUAGAACACACCAGUGACCAAGAACACACCAGUGAUCUAGAACACGCCAGUGAUCUAGAACACGCCAGUGACCAAGAACACACCAGUGAUCUAGAACACGCCAGUGAUCUAGAACACGCCGGUGACCAAAAACACACCAGUGACCAAGAACACGCCAGUGAUCUAGAUCACGCCAGUGACCAAGAACACACCAGUGAUCUAGAACACGCCAGUGACCAAGAACAUGCCAGUAACCAAGAACACACCAGUGAUCUAGAACACACCAGUGACCAAGAACACGCCUGUGAUCUAGAACACGCCAGUGACCAAGAACACACCAGUGACCAAGAACACACCAAACACGCCAGUGACCAAAAACACACCAGUGAUCAAAAACACGCCAGUGAUCUAGAACACGCCGGUGACCAAGAACACGCCGGUGACCAAGAACACACCAGUGAUCUAGAACACGCCAGUGAUCUAGAACACGCCAGUGACCAAGAACACACCAGUGAUCUAGAACACGCCAGUGACCAAGAACAUGCCAGUGAUCUAGAUCACGCCAGUGACCAAGAACAUGCCAGUAACCAAGAACACACCAGUGAUCUAGAACACACCAGUGACCAAGACCACACCAGUGAUCUAGAACACGCCAAACACACCAGUGACCAAGACCACACCAGUGACCAAGACCACACCAGUGACCAAGACCACACCAGUGAUCUAGAACACGCCAGUGACCAAGACCACACCAGUGAUCUAGACCACACCAGUGAUCUAGAACACGCCAGUGAUCUAGACCACACCAGUGUCUCCAGAUCUCUGGAGCUCAGCCAGAGUGACCAUCAGGUUCUUGGUCACCUCUCUUAA